ACAGCAUGUCGGCCGGCUAGCAGCACAUUGGAAAACUGAUUAUGCAUGGAAUCUCGCGAUGUCUACAAAGAAAUAAAUAGUUAACAUGUUAACGUAGAAGUUUUAUUAUUAUUUACGUGUUGUAGUUAUUUAUUUGAAUCAUGGCAGCAAUGCCACCGGAGCAAGUGGGAUAUGUCCCUGACAAAUUGAAGAAAGCAGAAAAAAGAAUUCGUACGCAAUCUUACGAUACAGAAGCAUGGAGUGUGUUAAUAAGAGACUCGCAGAUGAAACCUAUAGAGAAUGCAAGACCAGUCUAUGAACAGCUUGUAGAACAGUUUCCGACUUCUGGAAAAUAUUGGAGGAUUUACAUAGAACAAGAGCUAAAGGCAAAGAAUUUUGAAAGAGUAGAAAAGUUAUUUCAAAGAUGUUUAGUAAAAGUAUUAAACAUAGACCUUUGGAAGCUGUAUCUGAACUACAUAAAAGAUACCAAGGGUUCACUUCCAUCUUACAGGGAAAAGAUGGCACAGGCUUACGACUUUGCUCUAGACAAGAUGGGGAUGGAUAUUAUGUCAUAUCAGAUCUGGGCUGAUUAUGUUAACUUUCUAAAGUCUGUGGAGGCAGUUGGAUCAUAUGCUGAAAACCAGAGAAUUACAGCUGUACGGAAGGUCUACCAGCGAGGAGUUGUCAACCCAAUGAUAAACAUAGAAAUAUUCUGGAAGGAAUAUUGUGCUUAUGAAAACAGUAUUAAUCCUCUGAUAGCAAAGAAAAUGACUGAAGAUAGAGGUAGAGAGUAUAUGAAUUCUAGACGUGUAGCUAAAGAAUAUGAGGCAGUGACGAGAGGAAUAAAUAAAAACAUGCCAUCCAUACCUCCAAUGAAUAUACCUGAAGAAGCUACACAGGUGGAUUUGUGGAAGAAAUAUAUUUCAUGGGAAAAAAGCAAUCCUCUAAAGACAGAAGAUCAUGCUCUUAUUACCAGAAGAGUAAUGUUUGCCUAUGAGCAAUGUUUACUCUGCCUGGGACAUCAUCCUGACAUCUGGUAUGAAGCAGCAUCAUAUUUGGAACAUUCAAGCAGGAUAUUAACAGAAAAAGGGGACCAAAAUGCUGGUAAAAUGUUUGCCGAUGAAGCUGCAGCCAUCUAUGAAAGGUCAAUAACAACAUUGAUGAAAAGUAAUAUGUUACUGUUCUUUGCUUACGCUGAUUUUGAAGAAGGAAGAAUGAAGUAUGAAAAGGUGCACACCAUAUAUAAAAGAUUUCUUGCCAUGCAGGACACAGAUCCCACUUUGGGCUAUAUACAAUAUAUGAAAUUUGCCAGGAGAGCAGAAGGGAUUAAGUCGGCACGUCUUGUAUUUAAAAUGGCGAGAGAAAACAAUAAAACAAAAUAUCAAGUUUAUGUAGCAGCAGCAUUGAUGGAAUAUUACUGCAGCAAGGAGAAAAACGUGGCCCUGAAGAUUUUUGAACUCGGAUUAAAGAAAUACGGAGGACAUCCUGAAUACGCUCUUUGUUACAUGGAUUUUAUGUCUCAUUUGAAUGAGGAUAAUAACACAAGAGUGCUAUAUGAGCGAGUUUUAUCAUCUGGACAAAUACUUCCUGAAAAAUCAAUAGAAAUAUGGAGUAGAUUUCUGGCAUUUGAAUCUGAAGUUGGAGAUUUAGCCUGUAUACAGAAAGUAGAAAAGAGAAGAGCACAGGCGAUCGAAAAAGUUCAAGAAUUUGAAGACAAAGACACAGCUCUGUUGAUAGAUAGAUAUAAAUACAUAGAUUUGUAUCCUUGUACACAGACAGAAUUAAAAGCUAUUGGUUAUUAUGAUCUUGUUAAACAACAGGUGGUUCAGGCUCCAUCCAGCUCUGUCACUAAAGCUGUUAUGAUUGAGGAGGAUAAUAAAAGACAACCAGAGUACCCAAAGCCUGACAUAGAACAGAUGUUGCCCUUUAAACCAAAGGCUGUUGUUUUGCCUGGUUCCCAUCCUGUCUCUGGUGGAGAGUUCCCUCCACCUCCUGCAGCUGGUAGCCUAUUGACUGUGUUACCACCUCCAGAAUGUUUUCAUGGACCAUUUGUUAUGAUGGAUAAAUUUAUAGAACAUAUGAAGAAUCUGACUCUACCAGAAGCUCCAAUCAUCAUAGAAAAUGGAGUUGAAGGACUUCUCCGACCAGAUACUGGUACUCAGUACUCAAUUGACAUUGCACUUGGCAGAAAACGAAGGAUAACAGAAGGAGAAGAUAGCGAUGAUGAAAACUCAGAGACAGCGCCACCUCUACAUGACAUUUAUAGAAGUCGACAACAGAAACGUAUCAAAUGAGAUAUUUUAUUGUUUUAAUGUAUUUAAAUGUUGUUACAUCUGUUCAGAAAGUAAAUACUGUUAACAAACAGUUAUAUUGUCAGUAUAUAUUAGACUGACUUAAAAUAAGAGGUUUCACUCUACUCAUGUAUAUAGGUUUAGUGUCUUGUCAAAAUGAUGCAACAAAUCUGAUAAAUAUGAGCGCAGUGUGAUUUAUCCAUCCAGUUAAUGUUAGAUUGUAACAAUAGGUUUAUUUGUUAUUGCAUGAACCUUGUGUAUUUACAUGGCAGACUAACUGAUAUUCACAGAAUUUCCAUAGAAAUACAUUGAAAUGGCAUAAAAGUGAACUGAAUUUAGAUAUAACUUUUUGGUUAAAUAUAUUAGAUUUGAUGCUAUCUAACUUUAGAUGUACAAACAGCUUUAAAAGGUUAUCAGAUUGCUGAAAUAAUUAUUUAUGAAUGACAUUGGCAUUUUUUAUUCUAGUUUCCAUACAAAUGACUGUUUAAUUGUGACCACUUGAAUCAAAAAUCCAUUUUAAAUGGGUAAAACCACAUUUUUCAUAUGUAACAAUUUUCCAUUUUCCAUCAAAAUAUACAUGUACCCUGAUUUAAUUCUUGAUUGCAUGUACUGGAGAACAAGUUACAAUGGAAAAAAAAAUGUUUCCUUUAUGACAAAUAAACUCAUCAUAAAUACCAGGACUAAAUUUAAAAUAUAUGCCAGACGCGCGUUUCGUCUACAAAAGACUCAUCAGUGAUGCUUGAAUCCAAAAAAGUUAAAAAGGCCAAUUAAAAAAAACACAGAACAUAUAUGUGCAAAUCCAGCAACAGCAUCAUCAGCUCUUUUAAUGAUUCUUUAUGGUUUAGAAAGUAUUACAUAAACUACAAGAUUCUGGAUGUUAAUCUGAGUACCCAACAAAGUACUUUGUUCUAUUCCGGGAUCGAACAAGUAAAAAGAGUAGUGUUUGUUUCUGAGUCACUUAACUUAUCUGGAAUACUCUGAAAGGCAAUAACAUGAUACCUCAGUCAUGUCGUUUGAUUUAGAUUUUUCAAAAUAGUAAAACCUUUAUUCAAAUAUCUUAUACUUGAAUAUCUCUGCAAUAUAUACAAUAAGGAUUACAAAAAUUAUGUUCUGUUUCUGUGUAUUUUGACUCUUUUCAUUGCAUAGAAAAAGUCCUGGUAGUGUUGAUUAAAGGUUUCAACAAGGGGCAUGGCGGAAGGGAAUGGAUGAAGUAGGUUUUUUGCUAUUUGGACUAUUUUUUUUCUUCAUAUUGAUAAACUAACUGCUUUUCUUACAUCCAGCAUUUAAUGCCCUAGGUGUGAAUGAACAGAAAAAAUUAAAUAACUGGAAAAGGAGUAAUUUCUUUAAGUGAGUACUAUAUCCUCACUGAAAGCAGUAAAUGAAUUGGAUAUGAUUGUAAACUACAGUAAAUGAAUUGAUUACUAUUGUUGAUAACAUACAAUGGGAUUUGUAGUACAUUUUGUACUGUAUCAUUCAUUGUCAUUUUGGUGGGGAAUUCAUUUCUAUGGGUUAUACAUUUCAUUUUAUUUGCACUAUAAUACUUCUUUUUUUUGUAUAAAUCAUUAUUUAUAGAUGAAUUUUAACUUUGAAUAUGUGACUUUCAUUUUAAAGAUAAAUAAACUGACCUUUGAUCUUUUGGAUAUGAAUCAUAAUGUUCUUACAGUUCUCUACUGAAAGUUUGUUCUGAUACUUAUUGUAUCAGGAAAAAUUGGAACUAAUGUAUUCUUUUGGGUUAAUCAAUUGUUAUAUACUAUCAUCAUCUCAACAAAUCAUUUAUGUUUACAUUUAUAUAUGAAGAACUUCAUUUUGUCAAAUUUCACAGAAGACAGAAAAAAAUAAUAAAAAUGAUUUAAAAGA